AUGGUGGAGAAAUUGUAUGAAGUAUUUACUCAUGUUGAUGUGCUGAGAAGUCGGGAACCGGAAUAUUUUAUAUGUGAAAAGCCAAUAGUUGUGGAUUUCGACAGUUUUACUGGCAAUAGAAAUUCCAAGAAUACCAAGGAAAUUGAAAAGAUAGAAAAAUUAGAAGUGAUAGAUAGGGAUCGUAAGCAAGUGAUGGAAACGCAUUCAAGUGGAGGAUCAUCAGCUUCAUCUACCGGAACAUCAGUUUCUCCGGUAAAAACAUUUGUCAGUGUUCUGGAAGAGGGAUGUAAAAAGUACUACGAUGGAACAGCACCUAUUUUUACACCUAAUCUCGUGGAAACGAAUAAUUCAUUUGCGGUGCAAUGUGAAUUAUAUGGUAUCCAUACAGUAGGUUAUGGAAGAACGAAGAAAAUUGCAAAACAGAUGGCUGCAAAAGAAAUGUUAAAAAAAAUGAUUGAGAAGGAAUCAUUCAGUGAUUUUGGGCUCGGCAAAACAAAAGAAGAAGCAUUGGCUUGCUUAGAGAGUAUGACGAUUGAUUUUCAAAAUCGAGGAAAUGGUGAUGAUUCUGUUGCAGAGAAUUGGGUAGGAAAAGUAAAUGAAAGAUGUCAGAAACUGAAAUUGUCAAAUCCUAUAUAUGAAAUUGACGAAGAGGGACCUCCAAAUCAGCGAAUUUUCAUUGCUACGUGCAAAAUAGGAAUUGUUCAUGUAGUGGCACAUGGAAAAACGAAAAAGAUAGCAAAAACACUAGCAGCUCAAAAAAUGUGUGCUCAACUAGAAAAUUGGAAAGAAUUGACAGAUGAUGUUGAAAAUGCAACGCUUGCUGCUGCCUCAGGUCAAGAAGCUGCAAGCAAUAGUGAAUCUACAACAAACGAAAGUACGAAUACUCCCGAUGCACCAGCACAAACAGUGUUGAAUCCAGGAUUGUUGCAUAAAGUUCGUUCUGCAUUUCGAGAUGAUUUUGGUACAGAAGGUCUCACAGAAAAGUUGACUGAAUUGGUUAAAUCGGGUGACGAAAAUAUCAGCAAAAUUUUUCCGAAUAAAGAGCUGAAAUUCAUAUUUCUUGAACGAGACUUGGAUGGUAACUUUCAAUGUAUGCUAUCAAUUGAUAGUCCUACUGAUACGAAAAAUGCCUUUUAUGGAUUUGGAGCAACGGAACAGGAUGCAAAAGAUUAUGCUUCACGAAAUGCACUCAUACAUUUGGAACUGUUUGCAGGGACAUCUGAUCUACCAUUAAGUUCCAGUGAUCCAUCACAGACACAAGAGAUGACCGAUUCCUUAAUAUCCGCAAAAAAUUCUCCAAAAGAUGGAAGUUAUUUAUCAUAA